AUGCCAACUACUCGGAGCGGUAUGAACUCUACACCCGCUCCUCCUGCCGGUGCUGCCAACCAACCUGUCAGCCCUGCUACUUCAACUGUUGGCAAUACUGCCGGUACGCCCGCCAAUGCUACCGCGCCACCUGGUCGUACCCUUGCAAGCCUUGAGUUUGCUGUCACAACCCUCUUUCGAGAGCCCCUAGACAGCCCACUCAUGCGUGCUCUUCGUCGCGAUGGAUGCUUGCACUUCAUGCACCUCCUCUCCUACAACGAGAAUGAGCUCCUUGCAUUGAAGUAUGAUGCACCCGUCAUUGACCAAUAUGGGGUGGAUACUGGCCAAACUCAGCUUACUCAGCUUGAGCAGCCCCAUCGUGGCACUCUUCGGGCUUUACUUGGGUAUGCUUACCUUUGUCAAAACGUCCAUGGCAAUCCGAUCACCCCAAUCAAUUGCAUGAACAUUGACGUACAAGCAUUCUUCAUUUAUCAAUGUAGUGGUGACUUUAUAGUUUUUAAUAAGUCCUUUUUACCACAACCUCUUGUCUCCAAGCCUGAUCAUGGCAAACCUAUUGACUCGUCCCUUGAUCCUCUCCUUCCAACACAGAUGGAGACAAAGCCAGACAGCCAUCUAGCCACCGUACACAACGAAUUUGCACCCAAACAUGGGGAGCUACAAUGGCCAAUGAGCGACGAAUCAGACCGCCAAGCUACAGUAGACGUGAUCAGUAAUCAGUAUAGUGACACUACUAGUCCUACAUCUAUCCUUUCUGCUGCUCUACAACCUAGCAUUUGCACGUCUGACGGUGUCAAUAUACCCAAUGGUAGUCGUGCCACACAACUUGUUGGCGCACAAAGCGCCAUGAGUAGACCGACACUGAACAAGGGUUACAUUGCACAUGAUGUCAGAUUCGACCCCAACCUUGAAUGGGACCAAACUCUAUUGGAUCCCAACAUUGACAGGCUGGACAAACCGGGCAAAGGUGAGAGACCAUUUGAUAGAGUAGGCAUCCUAAAGAGUAGUAAAAGUAUUUUAACUCUGAAUGAAGCCUCUGAAGAUGAGACUCUUGACCAACCAGAUGAUUUCACCACUGCUAUGGACCUGAAUGACAAUGGCAUUGGUAAUGCCACACUUGUCUCCAACCUUGACUGGGACCAAACUUUAUCGGACCCAAACAUUGGCGAUCUUGGCCGUAGUGUCUCUGCCAACAGCACUAGCCAUGACUUGCUCCUUCAGUUGCCGGAAGCGAGCAUGGGGAGUGAUUCUAAUGCUCUUCUUCCUGAACAAGAUAAGACUGAGGAGUACUCAAUGGAUUUGGAGAAUGGGGAGCAACAGUGUGUCAUGUCUGAUAAGUUGGCCGUCGUACCGACUACCAAGCAUCAUCCGCCUACACCUCCACAAGAAGCCAAGCAACACGAUUUAACAUUCAAUGGAGAAAAAUAUAGAUCGGUUAAUAACCAUACUAUGAUCUAUUCUAUCCAGAAAGUCAACACUUGUAAACACCUAGCUUUGAUUGAUAGAGGUGCCAAUGGCGGCAUUGCUGGAGAUGAUGUCCGCAUCAUCCACAAAUCCAACCGUACUGUUGACAUACAAAGCAUUGACAACCACCAAGUGACUGAUAUCCCUAUCGUCACUUUGGCUGGAUUAAUCCACACCCAACGUGGACCUGCCAAUGCCAUCAUGCACCAACAAGCCUACAUUGGAAAGGGUCAAUCCAUUCUGUCCAGUGGUCAAAUGUAA